AUGCCUGGCGUUGACGCAGAGAUUAUCGCUGAUGACACCAGAAUCCUGGGCCAGGAUCCUUUGAUCCCCCCGGCUCUGCUCAUCUCUGAGAUCCCCAUGACGCCCAAUGCCCUCCAGACCGUCGUCAAGGGCCGGAGAGACGCUGCCCAGAUCAUCAUGGGCCAGAACGACAGGCUAUUAGUCGUCGUCGGCCCCUGCUCCAUCCACGACCCCGAGGCCGCCCACGAGUACGCCGCCCGCCUCAAGCAGCUCUCCGAGAAGCUCGCCGACGACCUCUGCAUCGUGAUGCGCGCCUACCUGGAGAAGCCUCGCACGACCGUGGGCUGGAAAGGCCUGAUCAACGACCCCGAUAUCGACUCGUCCUUCCAGAUCAACAAGGGCCUGCGCGUCUCCCGCCGGCUCUUCGUCGACCUGACCUCCAACGGCAUGCCCAUUGCCACGGAGAUGCUCGACACCAUCUCCCCCCAGUUCCUCGCCGACUGCAUCUCCGUCGGCGCCAUUGGCGCGCGAACGACCGAGUCUCAGCUUCACCGCGAGCUGGCUUCCGGCCUGUCCUUCCCCGUGGGCUUCAAGAACGGAACCGACGGCAGCCUCGGUGUCGCUAUCGACGCCAUUGGCGCUGCCGCGGCCAAGCACCACUUCAUGGGUGUGACGAAACAGGGCCUGGCUGCCAUUACCCGCACCAAGGGCAACGAGCACGGCUUCGUGAUCCUGAGAGGCGGAAGCAAGGGCCCCAACUUUGACAAGGAGAGUGUCCAGGCGGCCAAGAAGAUGCUGACAGACAAGGGCCAGAAGCUGGCCAUUAUGAUUGACUGCUCUCACGGCAACUCUCAGAAGAACCACAACAACCAGCCCAAGGUUGCAAAGGCCAUUGCCGACCAGCUGCGCGAGGGCGAGCGAGCCAUUGUUGGCGUCAUGAUCGAGUCCAACAUCAACGAGGGCAACCAAAAGGUUCCUGCAGAGGGCCCGGCCGGUCUGAAGCGCGGCGUCAGCAUUACCGACGCAUGCAUCAACUGGGAGGACACAGUCACGGUGCUCGAGGACCUUGCCGCCGCCGUCCGCACUCGACGCGAGAUCAACUCUGGUGCCCCUAGCGCAGAGCCCAAGGUGAGCACUCUGGAGGAGGACUGA